GCAACGACAGCCUCAACACCAAAAAGUUUACCAAGAUGAAGACACCGUUGCGGAUAGCCAUACUCGAAUGCGAUACACCUCCCGCCGAUGUGGUGGCCAAAUACGGCAGAUAUGACCGCAUCUUCAAGACGUUGCUGGAAACGGCAGCCGAGGGACUGGGCUUAUCUCCGACCCAAGACCUUAAACUCAGCGCCUAUGAUGUGGUUACUGCACAAGAAUAUCCGGACUUGGAGAAGAUAGAUGCCGUUUUAAUCUCCGGUUCCAAACACAACUCCUUCGACAACGAUCCGUGGAUCCUGAAGCUUGUCGACUUCACAGAGAAGCUACUCAAACAAGAUCGAAUCCGCAUUAUUGGUGUAUGUUUCGGUCAUCAGAUUCUCGGAAGAGCUGCAGGAGCAAAGGUUGGACGUAGCGAUGAUGGAUGGGAGAUUGCGGUUAUGCCUGUGCAACUUACCGCAAAGGGUAAAGAAAUCUUCCAGCAAGACACACUCUCAAUCCACCAGAUGCACAAAGAUGUUGUGUUUGAAUAUCCUGCCGACGUUGAGAAGCUUGGUGGAUCACCACGCUGUCUGGUACAGGGCAUGUACAAGAAGGGUAAACUCAUCUCUGUGCAAGGACACCCAGAGUUCACAGAGCCUAUUGUGUCGUAUCUAGUCAAGAUGAGGGCUGAGCAAGGCAUCUUUAACGAGGAACAAGCAAAGGAUGCGUUGGAGCGAGUUGGGAAACCCCAUGACGGUGUAGUCAUUGCCAAGGCGUUCCUUAGAUUUCUGCUAGAGGAUUAGGAGCAGACACCUGUAGCCAGAUAUUUCCUCAAUUGAAUUCAUAACAAUCGAACAAUUUGCUUAAAACAUCACG